GGGAGAAAUGUGAAUCCGAACAGUGUCCGGAAACAGCUGGUGCGAGUUGAAUGUGAGGAGCUUGUGUGAACAGUGUACACGAGACGGUCAUUAGAGGAAUCGCACAGUGUACGGGUGGUGUGCAGAACGUGCAGAAGAACUAAAGCAAAUCGCCGCACAGCCCACUAUGAAUUUCAUCAAGUACGUGUCGGACGCAAUGACAGACAACUUCGUUACGCGGUAUGUGCGCGGCUACGCGCACGGACCGCUGUCCCCUGCAAGCUCUCCGCACGAACUCUCGAAGCCGCCCUCGUGGGCGUGUCAGCUCGUCAAGAGUGGCGGUGUCUUCGUGCGGCUUGCGGGACUGUCAGGCGCACUAGCCGUCGCCCUUGGUGCAUACGGCGCACACGCCCUGUUCAAGCGCGACGACGUACCAGAAGAGCUGAAGGAGGCAUACGACCGUGCCAACCACUACCACUUCCUGCACACGCUGGCACUGCUGGGUGUCCCGCUAACAAGACGUCCAGCACUGGUGGGCAGCCUCCUCUUGUUGGGCAUGGGCCUUUUUUGUGGCUCGUGUUAUGCGUAUGCCCUGACAGGCAACCCUUCCGUCAAGUAUGGCGCCCCUUUCGGUGGCACUGUGCUCAUCCUGGCCUGGCUGUGCAUCCUCUUGUGAUCAAAAUAAAAGUGCACGAAAUGGA